AAAAAAAAAACCGCAGUUCUCAUCUCCUCCUCUUCUCUUCCAUUUUGUUUUCUUUUUUUCUCCCAUUAGUUUUUUGGUUGCAACAAACGUAUAUUUCUCGCAUAUCGACCUGUUUCCGAAUCCCUAGUUAGAGAGAUCGGGGAGAAGCUUCUCGGGGGCUCCCAUGGCGUAUCCGUCCUACGGCUCCGGCCCUUUUCGAUCCAGGGAAGGGCUCACGGCGAGGCCAGCGGCGAGCUCGGAGGAGAUCCAGUUGCGGAUCGACCCGAUGCACGGCGAUUUGGACGAGGAGAUCGACGGGCUCCAUCGGAAGAUUCGGCAACUGAAAGGCGUAGCUCAAGAGAUAGAGUCUGAAGCAAAGUACCAGAAUGAUUUUCUAGCUCAACUGCAAAUGACGCUUAUAAAAGCCCAGGCAGGGGUGAAGAACAACAUGAGAAGGCUGAAUAAGAGCAUCAUCCAGCAGGGCUCCAAUCAUGUCGCUUAUGUCAUCCUCUUUGCGCUGAUGUGCUUCUUUGUAGUCUAUCUCCUGUCGAAAUUCUCAAGAAGAUGAGCCGUGAAAAGGCGAGAUUCUGAUAGUGCAUCUUCGUGUCCGCGGGAGCGGAGAGAACUAAGUCCGUGUGUUGACCAUAUAUUAAUGUGUGGUGCUGUAAUUGAAUUCUUAACUGGUAUAGCAUGAUUUUCCAGUUUGCCUGUUCCGAGUAAAAUUGAUCAUUCGGGCCUGCUCCGAGUAAAAUUGAUCAUUCGUAGGCUAUUCA